UUGUUGUCGUCGUCGCUCCGCCGAUCGAGCCCGACGUCCCCCGCCAGCCAGACGCGCGACCGAGCAGCCUGCGCCAUGACUUACCAACUCUACCGCAACACCACCCUGGGCAACACCCUGCAGGAGAGCCUAGACGAACUCAUUCAGAUUCAGCAGAUUUCUCCAAAUCUGGCUCUCCGUGUUCUGUUGCAGUUUGACAGAGCAAUCAACCAAGCUCUAGCAACUAAAGUGCGAACCAAAAUUUCAUUCAAGGCAAGCAAGCUGAACACAUAUCGAUUUUGCGACAAUGUGUGGACUUUUUUGAUGUCAGACGUUGAAUUCAAAGAAGUCCAGGAUUUUGCACAGGUUGAUAAGUUGAAGAUAGUUGCCUGUGAUGGAAGAGGCGAAGACACAAGACAACGGUAGAAGAGCAGAGGCAGUUAGGACCGGUAUGAUUGUCCAAGCUUACAGAUCCACCAGUUUGGGGGAAGAAUCACUUUAAAAGAAAUUGAUGUUCUUUAAAAUGAUCUUUUUUUAUGUUGUAUGUGAUUAUCAAAAAGGAUUUCGUGUUUUCAGAAAUUACUGGAAAUGAAAGUCACUUCUUUUGUAAUGUUGUCAAGAUAAUUAUACCUAUUGUAGUGGUUGAUGUUUUUUGUUUUGUUUUUUUACAGUGUUCGGUAUUAUGCAGUUUCAUGCAUUUUACUUGGUCCUUAUGAUAAUGAGAUUAAAUAAGUUAAAGUGAUGAUUUGCCCAGAGCCUAUAUAGAUUACUUGUUUAAGAAAAUAAUACACUGAAUUGGU